AUGGCGGACGUGCAUGUUUUGGAACCAGGCGCUAGCAACAAAUCAGAACGCGAUUUUGUGUUAUAUCUUAUUUCAUUGUAUAGGGAGAGUCCUGUGUUAUGGGACACUAAACGAAAAGAUUACGUAGACAAAUACAAACGAUCAGUUGCAUUACAAAACAUUAUCAGAUCUCUACGGAUUUAUAAGCCGACGUACACGGAAGAGGAAUUUAAAAAGAAAAUUAACACACUACGUACCAAUUUCAACAAGGAAAGAAAUAAAAUAUACAAAGCAAGACGGUCUGGUAUCUCCGCUGACGAUGUACCCCAGCCAACACUUUGGUAUUACAAUGAAAUGUUGUUUUUGACUAACCAUACGAGGGUUAUAUGUAAGACUGAAAGCAGUGAGCAGUCGCCCCCACAACAAAAAAAGACGCCACAAAAGAGAAGCAAAAACACAUCAACGGACGAUUUAGUGAAUAAAGCAAUCAAAUAUUCCAAAAGAUCUGACAACGAAUCCGACAUAAUAGCAAAAAGUUGGGCUACCAAAUUAAGCCGCUUAGCUCACGACCAAAGGCGUUACGCUGAGAAAAUUAUAAAUGACGUACUUUUCGAAGGCGCAAUGGGAACAUUGACAAGGAACGGGGUUCAUUUCCUGCCAGCCAGCUCAACAUGUCAUUCUUUUGAUAACUCCGGUGAAUUAAAUGUGUCACCAUCUUCAAAUUCAUCACAUGUAACUAACAUGUCACCUACACCAGACCAGUAG